CUGGAUGCAUUCGGACCAUGUCACAGUGAAUUGAAGUAUGAUCUUCGAGGUCUUCAACGUGUUUAUCGGAAAAUUAAAAACAUUGAGAAAAUGAGGGAGGCUAUCCAAAUAUAUGACCAAUGGAUGGAGUGCCGACGACAUCACGAGGCCAUAUCUUCAAGCAUUGUUGUUGAGGACGCAAUGGAAGGUUACCUUGAGCCUUCUUCUUCCUUUGUUACGCAUCUGGACACCAUAUGGAGGGAAUUCCGUAGCAUAUUUGGGACGCUGUUGGGUGGUAAUGGCGUCGAAUAUACGUCCCAAGAAUUGGAAGGUGAAGGUAGCGGCUCCAGACGAUUGUAG